UUGAUUGUCAAAAAAAAGUACAAACAAAAUCACCGAACACAAGCAAGACGAGAAAAUUAAUGUAAUUUGUUUUAUCUUAAAGUUUUACUCGAUUUUUUACGAAUCAAGUAAUACCUUUUUAUCUUUUCAAUUUACAUGCGUAUAUUUUUACACAUUUUCAUUUAACAUUUCUCUGAAAAGUACGUGGUAUUCAACAUGAACCAAUAUGCAACAGAACGAAGGCUGACCUGGUUGUAUGGCCUAUUGGCCUUAUUUUUAACGGUGUCAGUAGUAUGCCUGGCGAUUCCCUACAACCACUGGCGAAUUACGUUAGACACAUGCCCGUCGAUAGCACUAGAGAAUAAUAAUUGUGGUUGCAUCUUAUUUGGUGUGAGCACUUCACAAUAUUUCAAUGGGGGCCAUUCAUCCUCUUGCUUGUAUGCAAUAUUUGCUCCCUUGCCCAUCAUUGUGUAUGCUAUAAUAAUGGCUCUAUUCCACAUGUAUAGAGUUUGCAUUAAUAAUGUGGGCAUGUAUGAGGAUGAGAAAUCAACUACUGUGGAAGAAAUUGAAGGAGAGUCCAUAGUAGCAACAUCCAGGGCUAGGAUAAGCCACCACAAUGACGCAGUGAUAUAUUGCUGGAUACCAACCUCUUGUAUUGCUGCCAUCUUCUUUAUUUACAACUUGGGGCAUGCUUCAUUUAUAACUGCUGGCUUCAUGAGGACUUGUACACAAUAUAGAGGAUAUAUUGCAAGGGAACUUCGGGCCACUGGGGACCAUGUGUCAGUGAUCCACUUUCGACUGUCCUGCCAAGCCAUUUUCGACUUUAUGGAUUACUUACAAAAGGAUGCACCUAACAGUCGCCGUGGUGACUUCAUAAAUACUGGUGUAUCGUUGCAGUUGGCACUGGUCAUGUCGUGGUGUGCUGUUGCGCUGUGGUUAUUGGUAGCUAUCUAUACGGCUCGGAGGGCUUACAAAGAAAGGGAUGUUUUAACAUGUUGUGGCAAUUAGUAACUAUCAUUCAUUAUUUCAGAUGUAUAGGUAAAACAGAAAACAUUUCUUGAGUAAGAAUAAUGUUAGUUUAAGAGAUAAUGUAGGUAUUACAUGAUAGUAAUCCUAGGAAAUUAUUAUAUCUUGAUUUCUUGAUGCACUUUUACAAUGAGCUAUACUUAUUUAGUUAUUAUUUAUUUAGCUUUAAAUUUUUAAGUACAUAUCAUGUAUAGUACAUGCAUUAGCAUAUAGGUUUUUAUGUGUCGUAAUUUUAGAACAAAAAUUUAUCAUGUUUUACUUAUUAUCCCCACCUUGACUUGGCCAUCGCAUGAAAACACGUGUAAAUUAAAUUAUUUAGUGCGAUGGCCAAGUCAAUAUAUUUAUGUAAAACGUUAACGAUUUCCUGGCCUGGACUUGGUAUUACAUGGAUCUCACAACUUUUUACCGUAGAACAACUGAGUUGCGAGAAUUGGUUUUUUUGACAAGUAUUGUUUUUGAUGUCUUGAUUUCUUGAUGCACUUUUACAAUGAGCUAUACUUAUUUAGUUAUUAUUUAUUUAGCUUUAAAUUUUAAGUACAUAUCAUGUAUAGUACAUGUAUUAGCAUUAGGUUUUUAUGUGUUGUAAUUUUAGAACAAAAAUUUAUCAUGUUUUACUUAGGGACCAGUCAGUAGUCACUAUUUUAAAGAAUGCAAAUGAAAUGCACAACGAAGAGUAAUUCUUCUUAAAAUAACUAAGACUGUCGCAUCCGUUUUUGGGUGUUAUAUUUAUACUUAUUGUCAUUUAAACCACCGUCGCGUCGUCAUCGUCAAGCUAUUUUAUAAAUAUUUAUGCGAGCUUUAUUUGUGCCGUCCAACUUAGUUUUAAGUUACCAUAGUUAUACAAAUGUCUAAUAUUUACCUUUUUUAUUAAAUCAAUAUAAUAUGA